AUGACCGAAUUCGUAAUCGAAGACAAGGACCUGGCGGGCCUCGAAGGUAAAGUGGUCAUCGUCACGGGCGGCUCGUCCGGCAUCGGCCUCGCCACGGUCGCCACGCUCCUCUCGCUGGGCGCAUCCGUCGUCAACGCGGACAUCAACCCGCCGGCAGAGCAGCCGGAGAGCUCGUACACGUUUGUGAAGACCGACGUGACCGUCUGGGCGGACCAGGUCGCGCUGUUCAAGAAGGCGAAGGAGAUACACGGCCGCGUCGACCACGUCUUCGCCAACGCCGGCGUCGGCCCGCGCGCCAACUACCUGUCAACGGACGUCGACGAGAAUGGAGACCUCGUCGAGCCUACGCACGCGCUUUUGGACGUCAGUCUGAAGGGCGUGAUGCACACGGCCACGUUGGCUAUUUACCACAUGCGGCAGCAGGCCGAGGGGGGCAGCAUCGUCAUCAACGGAUCCUCCACCGGCUUGCAACGACUCCGCGCUGUAGACUAUGCCACUGCUAAACAUGCCGUCCUUGGCUACGGUCGCGGUCUCAUCCCGCUCCUCGAGGCGGCCAAGAUCCCGAUCCGAGUCAACACCCUCGCGCCGACCUGGGCCGACAGCAACGUGCUCCCGAACCUAAGAGGCCUGAUGGAGAAGGUUGGCGUCGAGAUACAGCCCGCGGAGGCCGUGGCCCGGGGUGCGGCUUUGUUGAUGGCAGACGGUUCGCGCAACGGGCAUGUGAUUCAUGUCCAGCUCGGGAAGUACAAGGAGAUUGACGAGUCUAUACUCCUCCCCGCGUUCGAGUCCAUCAAAGGGCCGGACUACCCAAGCGAAGAUGAGGUACUUCGGCGCCUGCAAGAGCUCAUGUCAGCUGCUUAA